UACGAAGUUAACUGACGAGAAAAGAAGAGGAAGAGUAAAUCGUGAUUGAAGUAAACAAUAGUUGUGUUUACAUUUUUCGUAUACGUUAUUAAAAAUCAUGAAUGUGAGCGAUCAGGAACAAGCAGGAACGAGCCAGCACGCUUUUGCGGAAGAACAAAAUGAAAGAAAUAUACCGGUUAUCAUAGUUCUCGGAAUGGCCGGUGCUGGAAAAUCAACUUUUGUUCACCAACUCACCAUGAACCUUUGCAAAACAGGACAGCCGUACGUUAUUAAUUUGGAUCCUGCUUGUAAAACAGUUACAUUUCCUGUUAAUAUAGAUGUAAGAGAUACAGUAAAGUACAAAAAGGUGAUGGAGGAAUACAGUUUAGGACCAAAUGGCGGAAUAGUCACGAGUUUAAAUCUUUUCACCACAAAGUUCCAUCAGGUUAUCGAAUUGAUCAAAAAAGCUCGUAAAGACCACAGUUACGUGGUGAUUGAUACGCCUGGACAAAUCGAAGUAUUCACUUGGUCAGCGAGUGGCUCAAUUAUAACUGAGGCACUGGCGUCUGAAUUUCCAACAAUUAUUGUUUAUGUAUUAGACACUGUGAGAAGUGUCAAUCCUGUCACUUUCAUGUCCAACAUGUUGUACGCAUGUUCCAUAUUGUACAAAACCAAAUUACCUUUUAUUGUAGUCAUGAAUAAGAUCGAUGUAGUUGAACACAGUUAUGCAAUCGAGUGGAUGCGAGAUUUCGAAGCGUUCCAAGAAGCACUGGACAUGGAAAGGGGUUAUAUCACCAACUUGACACGUAGCUUGGCACUUGCUUUGGACGAAUUUUACAGUCAUCUACAAUGCUGCGGUGUUUCCUCGAUAUCGGGUGAGGGGAUUCCUGAAUUUCUCAAGAUGGUUGACAACGCUGUAGAAGAGUAUGAAAAAGGUUACAAACAAACUUGGGAAAAAGUUAAAACAGAAAGACAAGCUCAACGAAAGAAGGCAGAGAAAGAACAGUUGGAGAAGGCUAGUAAAAAGACAAUGGGCGAAGCUGUACAAAUGUCUGUGCCCAUUAUUACAGCAGUUACCAGUGGCCGUGACACUUCGGAUGUUUAUCUGAAACACUCGUGUAACGAAUCGAGCGAUGACGAGGAGGGAAAUGAAAUUAAUGAAAAUGAGGAUAAGGAGCAAGAAGAAGAGGAAGCGUUCAGAGAUUUCGUGGAGAGACAUAAAGCCGAACAACAUAUGAAAAGAAAAAAUAAAGAAGUAAAAGAAUAAA